UGCUCACCCGCCGCGGCAGCUCCGCUUCCGGGCUCCGUGUGCCGCGGCCUGGCCCGGUGGCACCGGGACUGAGGGGGCGCGGGUGGCAGAGCCCUCAGCGGGCGGGAGGAGCUGAGGCGGGGCGGAGGCUGCGCCAGGGGAGGGGGCGCUCGGUCUGGGCUUCCCUGCCGCAACAGGGCCAGGCUCCCGGUAACGGCGCUGGUUCCUCAGCCCGCGGGUGCGAUGGCGGCGGAGCGGGGACACUGGAGCAGCCUGACAGCGCUGCAGAAAACCGCCCUGGUGCUGGGGAUCCCGGCCGGGGCCACCGUCCUCUACAUCCUGUACCGGCGGUACCGGGAGAGCCGAGAGGAGAGACUGACGUUUGUGGGGGACAAGGAGCUGGAGAUCGAGAUGCGGGUGCCCCGGGCGGCCAUGAAAUCCAUCAUUGGGCGGAAAGGAGCCACCAUCAAAAAGCUGAGCCAGGAGACCGGUGCCCGCAUCACGGUGGAGGAAGAGGAGGGUGAGGAGGAGACGGCGCUGCUCAUCGCAGGCUCUCCCGCCCAGGUGUGCCGCGCCAAAGCCGCCGUGCACCGCAUCGUGACGGAGAGCACGCCGGUGACCGAGCAGCUCUGCGUGCCCCAGCGCGCCGUGGGACGGAUCAUCGGCCGGGGGGGCGAGACGGUGCGCGGCAUCUGCCGCAGCUCGGGGGCCCGCGUGCUCUGCGAGCGUGAGGCCGACGCCGGCCCGGGCCCCAUCAGGGUCGUGCAGCUCUCGGGGACGCGCGCGGAGGUGGCGGCCGCCAAGAAACUCAUCCUGGAGAAGGUGACGGAGGACGUCGCUUUCCACAAGGAGCUGGUGGUGGCCGCCGCGCGCUGCCCGGGCAAACAGCCCCUGGGCCGCCGGCGGGACCGGGAGCCGCUGCCUGAUGGGGAGGAGGAGGAUGAAGGGGCCACGUCCCGGGCUGAAGGCUCCGAACUGCACCAGGAUGAGGAUGAGGAGCUGGAGGUGCCGAAAUUUGAGGUUCCCAGCCCCGAUUUGGGCCCCGUGCCCCCCGAGCCCCUGCAGGUUUUCGUCUCGGCGGCCGAAAGCCCCGCGCGGUUCUGGGUGCAGCUGGUGGGGCGGCGCAACCUGCGGCUGGACCGGCUCCGCGCCGACAUGCGCCGGCACUACCGGAGCGGCGGCCGCGCGGCUGAGCUUUUGACGGUCCAAGCCGGGGACAUCGUGGCUGCUCCGUCCCCGGACGGCGGCGAGUGGCACCGGGCACGUGUGCUGGGCACGCGGGGGGACGGCAGCGUGGGGCUGCACUACGUGGAUUUUGGGGACAACGGGGAUGCCCCCCCUGAGGCGCUGCGGGCCCUGCGGAGUGACUUCCUCAGCCUGCCCUUCCAAGCCAUCGAGUGCAGCCUGGCCGGGAUCAAGCCUGCUGGUGACACGUGGGACGAGGCAGCGCUGGCCGCGUUCCAGCGCCUGACGCACUGUGCCCGCUGGACGCCGGUGCUGGCCACCGUCACCAGUUACUCCCAGUCCGGGCUCUGCCCCCGGCCCAGCGUGCAGCUCUUUGGGCUCCACCACAACCAGAGCCUGGAUGUGGCCACGGAGCUGGUGCGGUUGGGCCACGCUGUGCCCUGUCCCCAAGAGGGGCCGGGGGGGGACGGGACCCCUCAGCCGGUACCGGGAGCUGCGGCGGAGACACCGGAGCCCGUCACCGCCACCUCCCUCGAGAGCCUCUUGUUGGAGCCACAGCACAGCCCCAGCGAGACCCCCCGCACCCCAUCGUGCCUCAGCCUGUCCGCCACCCCUUUUCCCACUGUCUCUACAGACGGUGCGUCCGGCGGCAGCGAGGAUGGUGAUGGUGACGGUGUCGUGACAGAGAUGAGGUCAUCGUGACGCCCCCGUUACCGGCCCGGUCUCCCCUGUUCGCCCCGGUUGCGGUUGGUUUGGUUUUGCCCCGGCCCUGUUUUGCGGCAAAGGGAAAAGAACCGCUUUGUUGUUAAUAAAUUGAAGGUUUUGGAGCUCCCGCUUGUUCCGGUUA